UCGGCGCUGGCGGCCCCGCGGCUGCAGCUGGGGCGCGCACGGGGCACCAACGGCUCUGCUGCGCGGCACUGCGCGCUCCGCGGCCGAGGGGAGGGGAGGGCAGGUCCGGAGGGUCCCUCCCGAGGCGGCAGCACGCCGUGCGGGGCCCGGCGGCCAUGCUGCGUAGCGUUGCCAUAGGAACGGAGGGCGCCGGUUCUGUCGGGUACGGGGAUCGUCUGCAGCGGUAAGGGAGGAGGGAACCGGCACCGGAGACGAGCGGAGGCGGCGGCGGGCCCGCAGCCACCAUCUCUGCAGAGAAGGGCUCGUCGGUACCGCCGAGCAGGCAGGGCGCCGUGGCCAGUGCCCCGCCGGUCGUCCCGCCCGUCGUCGCGGGCUGGGCUGUGCGUGCUCUUCCCUGGAGUACUCUGCAGAGCAAUGCAAGCUGCAAAGGAUAACGAUUCAGGAGAGGCAGAACCAUUCUACAGCCUUUCAGUGCCAGGGCACAAGACCAGUGCUGAGAUUGUAAAUGAAGCCAGAGUUGCUCUACGAACGCUAAGAACUCAGAGGCCACUUACACCUGCAGGGGACCAAAGGAAACUUUUUGGAUCUGGAUCCUCACAAACUCCUCAAAGCAGGCCUCCUUCAGUUUUCAGUCUUCAUGCAUCCAGUUUUGAUGUGACUGAGUCAAGACCAAUGCCUGGCAUUCGCCUUAGCCCACUGGAUCCUAAACCAAUGCUCCCUGCUUUUGCAAAAGAUGAAGAUUCUUCCCUUCCCAAACCUCCUGCUGAUGCUGCAGAGGUUAGGAAAGUCAGCAGUGCUCGGCCAUGCUUAUUUAGAAGACCUCAGGGAAACUUCCUUUCUGCUGAAAUGGUUCCUCUUGACCACAGUCUGGAGGGUGAAACAAGAAUCGAUCAGUUGGAAGAGGAAGAAAUCUUUUGGCACGUAAAGAUUCUACCAAUCCUGCAUGAACUGGACAGUGAAGACAACACAGCAAAUCUUUGUCUGGCUUGCACCAAGCUCUAUCAAGCCUUGAAGGAAGGAAAUCUGCUUGGAAGAAGAUUUGAAGGCAGAAGUAUGCUUCUGAAGACCUUAUAUAAGCUCGUAGACAUUGAGUCAGAUCCCCUUCGCCUGAAGCUGGCAAAGAUUAUUCUGGCUAUGAAAGUAGCUGGAAAGAAUCUUCUCAGUGUUUGCAAGCUUGCAUUUCAGAUUUGCAGGAAUGACAGAAAUGAUCCCAUUGUUCAGAAUGAGGGAUUAUUGGAUCAUUUGCUGGAGGUCCUGAGAACAGAAGAUCUACAAAAAAACUCUGAAGCUCUCCUCUACUGCAUGGGAGCUAUAAAAUUCAUGUCUGGAAAUGCAGCCCUCCUUAAUGAAAUGGUUGACAAAGGAGCUGUUGAAAUGUUGCUGCAAUUAAUGAAGCAGAUGAAUAAUAUAACAGGAAAUGACACACACUUCUCCAGCUUGGGCCACCUAUUAGUCCAGCUGACGGCGACCCUGCGGACCUUGGCCGCCUGCCCGGCAGCCAGGCGGCAGCUGCUGGGCGCUGCUGCAGCCUCGGAGCUCGGCGUGGCGCUGGAGCUGCGUGCGGAGGACAGGGAGGUCUGCGCCUGCAUCCUCAGCAUCUUCAGCAAACUUUCCUCCUACGAUGACUUCUGUGCAGCUUCAGCAGACUGCUCCAGAUGUUACAGCAUAUUUUUAGCCCUACUGAACAAGCACCAGAAGCAGCAGGAUGUGGUGGUUCGAAUCGUCUUCAUUCUUGGUAACUUAACAGCAAAUAGCAACCAGGCCCGUGAGCAAUUCUUUAGACACAAAGGAAGCAUUAACACCUUGCUAUCAUUAUUCCAAACCUACCAUGACCUUGAUGUGAAUGCACAGAAACAGUGCCAUGAAAGAGAAGGGGCAGGGGAGAGCUGCCCAAAGCAUCCUUCGGAAGCAGAAGACGUUCAGAUAAAAGUGAUCAGAGUGCUGGCUAACCUCUCUGUCCAUCCCAGCAUAGGAGCAGCUCUGGCAGCCUCCCACCGUGUUGUAGAAUUGCUUGUAGCAGUGCUAGAAUCCAAGGCCAUUGCUGACUGUGAGGAACUGGUCAUCCAUGCUGCAACAGCAAUCAGCAAUCUGUCCUACUACAAAGUGAAGAGUUCUGCUGUCCAAGACAAGAAGCUACACAUUGCUGAGAUGCUGCUGAAGCUGUUGAUGAGCAACAACGUGGAUGGAGCUGUGGAGGCUGUCAGAGGCUUUGGCAAUCUGUCCCAGUAUCACGAGAUCUGUGACUUCAUCGUACAGAAAAAGGCAUACAAGUUCAUGAUUGCUUUGCUUGAUUCCAAGAACCAAGAUGUCUGCUUUUCUGCCUGUGGAGUUCUGCUCAAUCUCACAGCAGAGCAGGACAAAGGAGCUCUUCUGAUGGAAGAAGGAGGAAUUGGGAAAUUAGUUGAGUGCUUACAAGACUUUGGGCCUGCAGACUGGCAGCUGGCUUGUUUGAUAUGCAAAGCCCUGUGGAACUACAGUGAAAACAUCACAAGUGCAGCCUCAUGCUUUGGAGAAGAGACCAACACCUUGCUGCUGCUGCUCACAUCGCUCCUAGAUGAAGAGCUGGUGUGGAAUUGCAGCCUCAACAGAGAUUUGAGGGACUACCACAAACUCUAUUGGGAAAGAGAGUUCAAACCUGUGGCAGAAAAACUUCUUCAGAGAAUUCAAAGCCAUCACUGAUUCUGACUGUGACUAUUACUCCAUUAUGCUACUUUUUGGGGAGGGUUGGUGGUGUAGAUGGUACAGAUUUCUAUGUCUGGUACACCUGUGCAUUGCCAGGGGUGCUGGUGAUUUAGCUGUCAGUAAAGCCUGGCAUUUCUA